UGUGUGUCCCCCUGUGGAUUCUCAUGUCCUUCCUCUGCCUCGUGGUGCUCUACUACAUUGUGUGGUCCGUCUUGUUCUUGCGCUCGAUGGACGUGAUUGCGGAACAGCGAAGGACGCACAUCACGAUGGCGCUGAGCUGGAUGACCAUUGUCGUGCCUCUUCUUACUUUUGAGAUCCUGCUGGUUCACAAACUGGACGGCCACAACGCAUUUUCCUGUAUACCAAUAUUCGUCCCCCUGUGGCUCUCACUGAUCACUCUGAUGGCCACAACAUUUGGACAGAAGGGAGGAAACCACUGGUGGUUUGGUAUUCGCAAAGAUUUCUGCCAGUUUCUGCUUGAAAUCUUCCCGUUUUUGAGAGAAUAUGGAAACAUUUCGUAUGAUCUCCAUCACGAAGACACUGAAGAAACCGAAGAAACCCCAGUUCCCGAGCCUCCCAAAAUCGCUCCUAUUUUUCGAAAGAAAACCAGAGUGGUUAUUACUCAGAGCCCCGGAAAGUAUGUCCUCCCGCCUCCCAAACUGAAUAUCGAAAUGCCAGAUUAAACGCUGCUUCUGGGGACUGAAUGCAAGUGGGCUGGGACGUGCACUCCCCACCUUCCUCUGCCUCUCUGCUCACCCCAGCACACAACUGAACUGGAGCUGGGUCUCCAGGGACUUCCAUCUCCUGCCUUGUUUGCAUCCGAUGCCUACCUAUCAGCCGCUGAAGGGACGGGACUCAGA